AGUCAGGCGCGGCGGCUCUCUAUAAGCCGAGGAGCUGUCCGGGUGCUGAAACGGUCCGAGCCGCUCAAGCCGCGGACCUGGAGGAAUAUGCUGUGGACUUCCUCUGCCAUAUAAAUAAGAGGAAAUCUUUCAAACAUGGCAGAAGCUAAGACUCACUGGCUUGGAGCAGUCCUGUCUCUCAUCCCUUUAAUUUUCCUCCUCUCUGAAGCUGACGCUGCUUCAUUUCAGAGAAACCAGCUGCUUCAGAAGGAACCAGAUCUCAGAUUGGAAAAUGUCCAAAGGUUUCCCAGUCCUGAAAUGAUCAGGGCUUUGGAGUACAUAGAGAAGCUCCGACAACAAGCUCACAAAGAAGAAAGCAGCCCAGACUACAACCCCUACCAAGGUGUUUCUCUUCCCCUUCAGCAAAAAGAAAACGGUGACUUGCCAGAAAGUUCAAGGGAUUCCCUGAGUGAAGAUGAAUGGAUGAAGAUAAUAGCUGAAGCUUUGAGACAGGCUGAAAAUGAGCCCCAGUCUGCCCCAAAGGAAAACAGGCCUUAUACUUUGAAUUCAGAAAAGAACUUUCCAAUGGACAUGCCUGAUGAUUAUGAGACUCAACAGUGGGCAGAGAGAAAGCUCAAGCACAUGAGAUUCCCUCCUAUGUAUGAAGAGAAUUCCAGGGACAACCCCUUCAAACGCACAAAUGAAAUAGUGGAGGAACAAUAUACUCCUCAAAAUCUUGCUACAUUGGAAUCUGUCUUCCAAGAGCUGGGGAAACUGACGGGACCAAACAACCAGAAGCGUGAGAGGGCUGAUGAGGAGCAAAAACUUUACACAGACGAUGAAGAUGAUAUCUACAAGGCUAAUAACAUUGCCUAUGAAGAUGUGGUUGGGGGAGAAGACUGGAACCCAGUAGAGGAAAAAAUAGAGAGUCAAACUCAGGAAGAGGCAAGAGACAGCAAAGAGAAUGCAGACAAAGCUGAGCAAAUCAAUGACGAAAUGAAGCGUUCCGGGCAGCUGGGCCUCCAAGAUGAAGAUCUCCGGAAAGAGAGUAAAGACCAACUCUCAGAUGAUGUCUCCAAAGUAAUUGCCUAUCUGAAAAGGUUAGUGAAUGCUGCGGGAAGUGGGAGGUCCCAGAAUGGGCAAACUGGGGAAAGAGCAACCAGGCUCUUUGAGAAACCACUUGAUCCUCAAUCUAUUUAUCAGCUGAUUGAAAUCUCAAGGAAUUUACAGAUACCCCCUGAAGACUUAAUUGACAUGCUCAAAACUGGAGAGAAGCCAGCAGAACCAGAGCAGGAGCUUGAGAUUCCUGUUGAACCUGAAGACAUCUCAGAGGUUGACUUAGACCAUCCAGAUCUGUUCCAAAAUAAGAUGCUCUCCAAGAAUGGCUACCCCAAAACACCUGGUCGUCCUGUGGCAGAGGCCCUACCGGAUGGGCUCAGUGUGGAGGACAUUCUAAAUCUUUUAGGGAUGGAGAGUGCUGGAAAUCCAAAGCCUCCAUAUUUUCCCAAUCAGUAUAACCGAGAGAAAGUUCUGUCAAGACUGCCCUAUGGUCCUGGAAGAUCUAAAGCUAACCAGCUCCCCAAAGCUGUCUGGAUGCCAGAUGUUGAAAACAGACAGAUGGCAUAUGAGAACCUGAAUGACAAGGAUCAAGAAUUAGGAGAGUACUUGGCCAGGAUGCUGGUUAAAUACCCUGAGAUCAUGAAUGCCAACCCCGUGAAGCGAGUUCCCAGUCAAGGCUCAACUGAAGAUGAUCGGCAGGACGAGAACCAAAUCGAGCAGGCCCUCAAAGAGCAUUUGAGUCAACACAGCUCUCAGGAGACUGACAAACUGGCCUCGGUAAGCAAAAGGCUCCCUGUAGGGACCCCGAAGAGUGAUGAUACCCCCAACAGACCGUACUUGGAUGAAGAUCUGUUAGUGAAAGUGCUGGAAUACCUCAACCAAGAAAAGGCAGAAAAGGGAAGGGAGCACAUUGCUAAGAGAGCAAUGGAAAAUAUGUAAGCAGCUUUCACUGAUUACCCUAUUUUCACUCCUCCCAUCCCAAGCAAACCCCAAUAUUUCUCUUUAGUGUGUUGACUUCUCUCUUGUUAACACUGUAAUACCUUUAAAUGCUGUACAGGCGGAUGAUUCCAUUUCACUGGAGCACCUGCUUCACUUACUCUGAACUGUUCUCUUGUGUAUGGGUAUGUGUAAAUGUUAUGAUUUCUGAAUAAAAAUAUUAAUCAUAGCCCUAAUUCAAGAAAGAUAUCUAUGAUAGUGUUUAAUAGUGUAUCUAAUAGCCGUGGCAUUGUUGAUGCUCACUUAUGAUAAAGAGUGUCCUAUAAGUCCCUUGAAAGUUUUUAAUAUUUACUGAAUUAUUUUGUUACUGUCUGUAGUGUUUUGUGGAGUACUGGAGCAAAAAAAAUAAAGCAUUAUAAAUAUAUAGUU